AUGCAUACCAACCAAGCGUAUAUCGGCCAUACCACUAGAAACAAUCGACCACGCAAAUGGUGGCAUCAUCGUUGGUUUAAGAUCAUUUGCAUUUCUUUUAUAAUUUUAACAAUUUUUGCAGUUACUCUCUCUCUAUUGUUAAAAUUCGUCAUUCUUGCUCCGAAGAAGCCAGACAGCAUCACCACCACUACAACUCCAGCAGCAGUAACAACAAUAUCAACAUCACUAUCAUCAACGUCAACAUCCACCUCAACAUCAACGCCAACUCUAACGUCAAUAUCAACAUUAACGUCAACGUCAAUAUUAACAUUAACGACAACACUAACGUCAAUAUCAACAUCAACAACAAUCACCACCACUCCACAGUCACGUGAGUUAUAG